CCCGUCCUCUUCCCCCUCACUCUGGUAGUGCUGGCAGCAUCCAUCCACAGUACACACACUGUGCUGUCUGUGUUCCAGAGAGAAUAUAUCAGCUCUACACAGGGAGGAGAGGAUUAACUCAACAUCAGCUCAUCUGCAUAUUCCCAGGGAACACAUAAGCACCCAAGGCUUCUUCUCUUCUCUAUCCAACUCUAGCCAUCACAGGACUUGACACUCUCAUCGUUGGAGCACCGUUCUUCCCAACUCUCUCUGCUGUGAGAUGAUUUAAAGGAGGACACGUCUUUCUGCUUUUUGGAUUUUGCCAUUUUUGUGUUUCUUCGCUAAGUUUAGGCUUGUCAAAUUGGAGCAAUGCAAUUCACAUGACAUAGUUUAGACUAGUUCUAAGCAUCCCGUUUUUUCUUUUAUUCUUCUCCAGAGGACCUCUGACUUUUUUUUGACUGCUCUAUAGGGCUUGCUGCUUGUUCAUCUGAUUUGGUCAACCUGAGUGUCAGAAUGCCAUCCAGGGAGUCUUACGAGGUCCGGAAGGGAGAGAAGUCUUUGGUGCACAAGGCAAAGCAGGAGGCCAACCAGCAGGACAUACUGGCUGCUGCUCUGGGGAUGAGGAUCUCAGGGCCCCAGAAACCUCCAGCCACUAUCUGGCAGCCUCUCAAACUGUUUGCCUAUUCACAGCUCACCUCGCUGGUCCGCAAAGCCGCACUGAAGGAUAACAGCCUGCCGCCCAAGUACGAGAAAGUCCACAACUUCAAGGUCCACACGUUCCGGGGACCUCACUGGUGUGAAUACUGUGCCAACUUCAUGUGGGGGCUGACGGCUCAGGGAGUCAAAUGUGCAGAUUGUGGCCUGAAUGUCCACAAGCAGUGCUCCACUAUGGUACCCUGCAACUGCGUGCCAGACCUGAAACACAUCAAGAAAGUCUACAGCUGUGAGCUCACAACCCUGGUGAAAGCUCACAACACCAAGCGGCCCAUGGUAGUGGACAUGUGCAUACAGGAGAUUGAAUCGAGAGGGCUGAAGUCUGAAGGGCUCUACAGAAUAUCUGGAUUCAGCGAUUCAGUCGAAGAUGUCAAGUCGACUUUUGACAGAGAUGGUGAGAAGACAGACAUCUCUGCCAAUGCCUAUGAAGAUAUCAACAUCAUCACAGGUGCACUUAAACUGUACCUCAGAGAUUUACCCAUUCCUGUCAUCUCCUACGACGCCUACCCCAGGUUCAUCGAGACUGCAAAGCUGGAAGACCCAGAGAAGCGGCUAAAGGCCUUCCGUGAGGCUCUGGAACUGCUGCCGGCAGCACACAGUGAAACCCUGAGGUACCUCAUGGCCCAUUUAAAGAGGGUAACGUUGAAUGAGAAGGACAACCUGAUGAAUGCGGAGAACCUGGGCAUUAUUUUUGGGCCCACUCUCCUGCGUGCCCCCAACCUGGACGCCAUGACGGCACUCAACGACAUCCGCUACCAACCGCAGGUGGUGGAGUUCCUCAUCAAAAAUGAAGACAUCCUCUUCUGAAAAACAGACACAUCCAUUCUGCUAAGAUAAUGAAGACAUCCUCUUCUGAAAAACAGACACAUCCAUUCUGCUAAGAUAAGGAAGACAUCCUCUUCUGAAAAACAGACACAUCCAUUCUGCUAAGAUAAGGAAGACAUCCUCUUCUGAAAAACAGACACAUCCAUCCUGCUAAGAUAAGGAAGACAUCCUCUUCUGAAAAACAGACACAUCCAUUCUGCUAAGAUAAGGAAGGAAAGAGACAGAUUUUUUGUAAAACAGCUUGAUGCUGUCUAAACACUUUUUUUGUGCAAAGACUUGAAGGAACUUUUCUAUUGCAUUUGUAUUACAUAUGAAUCUUUGUAAUUACAUUUGUGAUACAUCCGUUUCCACUCUCAGUUAAGCAGUCCUGAACCUUACUUUCUCUUCCCCUGUAAUGGGUGUGGAUGGUGAUGUACCUUAAACUUUGCAUGUCUGUCUCCCCAUUUUUGUCGGGGCUUGUGUAGAACACUGAUGGACCAGACUUGGCCGUGUCUUUAUUUUGUGUAGCUUUGUAGCGGUAACCUCGCAUGCGAUAAAUAUUGUGAAACGUUAACCAGGUUUCCAUCCAACCUUUUAAUGCGUGUAACGUACAUGUGGGAUAAAACAUUUAAUGACAGGCCUGAUGGAAACAGAUCAUUUUUGUCGGUAAACUUGCCAAAUGUCAACAAAACAAAAUACGCUAGACAAUGUGGGACCUUUUCGUGUCGGUAAAAUUAAUUACGUGAGAAAUGUUGGUGGAAAGAAUUGUAUGUGCAAAUAUUGAUAACCAUUAUAUCGAAGUAAACUUGGAGUGGUUGUGUGGUCCUCCCACUAAAGUUGUGUGGUCCUCCCACUAUGACUCAUAGGGAAAGCAUGCAGGUAUCUUUAUGUGCAAUACAUCAUCACACACAGACUUUUAUCCACAAGUCAAUUUGAUGGAAAAACAUCUCUGGUGGGAAAAUGCUCAUAUUGUUUUUAUACGUAUUUUAGCAUAUUCACAUGAAAAUCUUUCACCAGUUGGAUGGAAACCUAGCUAUAGAUACUCUGCUAUUAUUUGUCAUGUAGAUUUACAGUAUCUCCUGUCCGGUUGCCCAAUGGGCAAUUGUUUUUGUGAAGCAUUGUAUACCUGGAUGUGAAAUAGACUACUGUAUCUUCUCUGAACCUUUGUAAUUAUCUUUGACUGAUUCGGUCUUUUUUGCCUUUUCAGCUGUUUUAGAAAUAUUUUUUUAGGGGAAAUGCAAAGCCUCUUUCAAUCAGAAAACAAUCAGUGUACCUUUAAAUGUUCUGUUACAUUUGCCUGACAGUCAAAACUGUGUUGCAUUCAAACUGUUACCUUUGUGCAUUUAAUUGCAUUUGUUUGUUCUUCUUAAAAAUAUUUUUGUACUUAAUUUGCGCAUGUAAAUUAUAAUUUAUUAAACCUUGCUUGCUGAAAAUGAA